CUCAGUUAUAGCCAGUGUGUGUGAGGCGUGAUGAGCUUCGGAGUAGCGCCGUCUCCUGCUUGGUGACCUCCAUUUCAACUGGUCAGCUGUGUAGGGGAUGGAUGGAGAAGCUGUGGCUGGGUUGUGACUGUAAGGGAGAUGCAGCCCUUCCAGAGGAGAAUGAACCAGAGACAUGAUGUGUGAGUUACUACGGUGAGUGAGAUUGCACUGCUUUGUAACCCCCAGUGGGUGAAUUUAAAAAAGGAGGGUCUUUGCAGAAAUACUUACUGUACAGAAGCUCUAACUCUCAGGUAUAAAGCAAAGGUAUGUUUAAAAUACAGACACAAGUCAAUGGAAAGCAAACUUUCCUGACGUGACUCCACCACCAGUGACAUCUAACAUGAUCGCACCAUCCUGGCUUAGACCAGGUCCUUAGAACAAGCAGCUGUUUAAACUUUAAUGGCUUGGUCGUCUUAUUUCUGAUAGGGAGAGGGCCUUAUUUGCUUAGAGGAAUGUUGUUCUGGAAACCAGCUGUGUUCCUUGUUUGCUAUCAGUUGGUCCCUGCCUCGUUCCUGAGUUAAAAAAGAAGGUGGUGCCGGGGCCGGGGGGAAAGCGUGCAUUCUCCUAUAGGCAGAAAAAAUACUGCUUCUAUAGAGAGUUUCUCUGAUGACAGCCAUUAGCUGCUUUGUUGCACCCCUCUGACAAUCUGUCUGCUAAAUGCCAAGUCUCUGCUCGGGAGCUCCUCCUACCCUGAUGAUCACAUUGCAAGUGGCAAAGUUAAAACAAAAUGACAUUUGACACUGACUGUCAAAUUGUAAAAGCAAUUUAAAGCGAUAUUUCCUGUGGUUUCAGUGUCUCCUUCAAACAGAUGCAGCUAGCUAGGAUUCUGACAGCACAAAAAUUGGGAAAUGUUGGGAAUUGCAAAGGAAUUGGAAGAAACUGGGUGCUCAGGUCCCUUUCAGCUGCAGUGGAAUUUGGGCUGGAAACUUGUUUGCCUUUUGGCAAUAUUGGCCUCAAGACUUGAUGAUAAACCUAAACCUAGGCUGCAUCAAAAGAAGGGUGGCGAGCAGGUCAAGGGGGGUGAUUUCACCCCUCUGCUCUGGUGAGACCCCACGUGGAGUACUGCGUCCAGCUUUGGAGUCCCCAACAUGAGAAGGACAUGGACCUGUUGGAACAGGUCCAGACGAGGGCCACAAAGAUGAUCCAAGGGCUGGAGCAUCUCUGCUAUGAGGACAGGCUGAGAGAGCUGGGGUUGUUCAGCCUGGAGAAGAGAAGGCUCCAGGGAGACCUUAUAGCAGCCUUCCAGUACCUAAAGGGGGCCUAUAGGAGACAUGUGGAGGGACUCCUUAUCAGGCAAACGGUUUUAAACUGAAAGAGAGGAGAUUUAGAUUGGAUAUCAGGAAGAAAUUCUUCACUAUGAGGGUGGUGAGACACUGGCACAGGUUGCCCAGAGAAGCUGUGGAUGCCCCAUCCCUGGAAGUGUUCAAGGCCAGACUGGAUGGGGCUUUGAGCAGCCUGGUCUAGUGGCAGGUGUCUCUGCCCAGGGCAGGGGGGUUGGAACUAGAUGAUCUUUAAGGUCCCUUCCAACCCGAACCAUUCUAUGACUCUAUGAAGAGGGCAGCUGGCUGUACGCUCAUUGUCCCUGUGUCGUGGUGUUCUUACGUUCAUACUUGUUCCCCACGCUUGGGCUUUGCCGUCAUUAUUCCUGUUAAACUCUUAAUCCUUUCCACUCGAUCUUUCCCUCGUUGCUUCCUUCCGGCUUGCCAGAGACGGCUCCGAUUUGCUUUGUAUUUUCCGGGCUGCCUUUGUUCUCUCCCUUCCCCUCUCCCUGCCGCCCCGUGCCCCGGCUGCCGCUCCUCUUCCCGGGCGGGGAGGGCCCCGGCUGCCCCGCGGCGUCCCGCUGCCGCCCGAGGCGCUGCGCGCUGCGGGGGGCUUCCACAACACGCCUACAGCUUGCUCAUCAAGCCUUCCUAAUUACAAGCAAUUAGCGGGUACGACCCGAAGUGACCGAGCAUACGCCUUCCGCGGAAGCCCCGAGAGCCGCCCCGCUUCAGCCGCCCGGCCGGCAGCUGCCGUACAACAUGGCGGCGCCCAGCGCCCGCUCGCACCGCCGGGAAAGAGGAAGCGUCCGCCACUCUAAGCCUCCCGGUCUGCGCGGCGCCUACCCGGCGGGGCGUUCCUGCCGCCGGAGACAGCCGUUCCGCGGAGUGGCAGGUAGCGGGCGGGCAGGCCAUGAUAAAAUCCUACAAUGCUGUUUUGACUGGCUGAAGUGAAGGGGGAAAAAGGGGGGUUAAAAAAAAUGCCCAAGCAAACAGCAGUGACGAUUACUUUGGCGACCCUCCUGGGUGUUGCAGUGGGGGGCCUGGUUUUGUGGAAAGCAACGCAGCGUCGGAAAGGAAAAGCAUGCUGUAGUAGUCAGCGAGAGGAAGCAGUUAUAAACUCGGGAGAUGAGGAACUGAUUAAGGCAGAGGAUAAGGAGGUGCUUUCCUUCUUCAGAUCUCCCACCUUUUCCUGGGUAGAGAGGACCCUUGGUGCAGACAUAGUGGUAGUUUCAGAGCAGGAGGAGUGGGAUCGUGUUGAACCUUUGCUGAAGAAGGAGCUGGAGAAGUGGCCGGUGCUUGGAGUUGAUUGUGAGUGGGUAUCUGUGGAGGGAAAAGCAAAUCCUGUAUCCCUCCUACAGAUGGCUUCAUCCAGCGGUCUCUGCAUUCUUGUUCGGUUGCCCAGGCUUGUUGCCAGCGGACAGACUAUCCCAAAGACCCUGGUGGACAUCCUGGCAGAUAGUACUGUGUUGAAAGUUGGGGUAGGAUGCUGGGAAGAUGCUUGCAAGUUAUUUCAUGAUUAUGGUCUUCCAGUCAAAGGGAGCGUGGAUCUCCGGUAUUUAGCCAUGAGACAGCGGAAGGAUCUACUUCACAACUGCCUUAGCCUUAAGUCUUUAGCUGAAAAAGUCCUGAACUGCCCGCUUGACAAGUCUCCUCAUGUGCGUUGCAGCAACUGGGAGGCAGAAGAACUGACACAAGAUCAGGUUCUCUAUGCUGCUAGGGAUGCCCAGGUCUCGGUGGCUCUGUUCCUCCAUUUGCUGGGAUUUGCCAGCCUCCCUGCGACAUCUGAUGGUGAAAAUUCUAUCGCUGCUUGGGAAAAAGCACUGGGUAAAUGCCGGGGCUUAGUGGAUAUCCCAUUUAGAGGAAGAAGGAGUGGCAGCACAGGAGAGGAGAAAAGUGGAGAGGGGCGGUCCCCUCAGAAAACAAAGAAUCGGAAAUCCUCAGUGAAUGGCCAGCCCUCUGGCAGUCAGCAAGUGAGAGAUCCACGGAGGCACAAGCGAAAGCCUCUGGGCGUGGGAUAUUCUGCACGGAAAUCUCCACUGUAUGACAACUGCUUCCUGCAUGCACCAGAUGGACAGCCCCUGUGCACCUGUGAUCGCAAGAAGGCUCAGUGGUAUCUGGACAAGGGGAUUGGAGAGCUAGUUAGCACAGAGCCAUUUGUUGUGAAGCUGCGAUUUGAGCCUUCAGGACGUCCCGAGUCUCAAGUUGAUUAUUAUCUGACAGUCAAAGAGAACCUGUGUGUUGUAUGUGGCAAGCGAGAAUCCUAUAUCCGGAAGAACAUUGUUCCUCACGAAUACCGAAGACACUUCCCCAUCCAGAUGAAGGACCACAACUCCCAUGACGUGCUCCUACUUUGCACGUCCUGCCAUGCCAUCUCCAAUUACUAUGACAACCAUCUCAAGCAGCAGCUGGCUGAGGAGUUUGGUGCCCCCAUCGGCUCUGAGGAAGGUGUGCGUCUGCUGGAGGACCCUCUGCGCAGGCAAGUGCGCUCAGGGGCUCGAGCCCUGCUGAAUGCAGACAGCCUGCCUGACCCCCGAAGGGCAGAACUUCUGCAAAGCAUCAAGGACUUCUUCAACACAGAGGCAGUCACUCCAGAGAUGCUCCAGGAAGCAGCUGAUCUGGAAACCAGGAUCUGCAAUGAGAGCUACGUGCCACAUGGACUGAAGGUGGUGCAGUGUUUUGCUAAAGGGGGCCUGCGCUCCCUUAUGCAGUUGGAGAGACGCUGGCGGCAGCAUUUCUUGGACAACAUGCAGCCCAAACACCUCCCAGAGCAAUGGUCAGUGGACCAUAACCACAUGAAGCUGAUCCGAAAGUAUGGGGAGGAUCUUCAGAUUGAACUGUCAUGAAACUAACUUCCUGGACUCUAGAUAGUGUCUAAUGGACAUAGAUUACUGAAGGUGGAAGGACUGUUUUUAUUUCUAUGUCUCCACUAACAUCUGGGCCUGGAUUUGCAAACAGGCAGCAGUGGAUCUGCCAGAUCUGGCAUUUUAUAGAGUUAAAUCUGUUGAAUCUGACUUGAAUUUUCAGGUGUGUCGUGGUUUAACCCUAGCCAGCAACUAGAACUACGUAGCCACUCACUCACUCCCCUGAGUUGUGAUGGGGGAAAGAAUGGUGAGAAAAAAUCUCGUGGCUUGAGGUAAAGACGGUUUAAUAGGUCAGAGCAAAAGCCGCACACGCAAGCAAAGCAAAACAAGGAAUUCGUUCACUGCUUCCCAUCGGCAGGUGGGUGUUCAGCCAUCUCCAGGAAAGCAGGGCUCCAUCACGCGUAAUGGUUACUUGGGAAGACAAACACCAUCACUUCGAAUGUCCCCCCCUUUCCUUCCUUCUUCCCCCAGCUUUAUAUACUGAUGUCAUAUGGUAUGGAAUAUACCUUUGGUCAGUUGGGGUCAGCUGUCCCAGCUGUGUCUCCUCCCAACUUUUUGUACGCUCUCGGCCUACUCGCUGGCGGGGCAGUGAGAGGAGCAGAAAAGGCCUUGACUGCUUGGCAACAACUAAAAACAUCAGUGUUUUACAACACUAUUUUCAUCCUAAAUCCAAAACAUAGCACUAUACCAGCUGCUAGUAAGAAAGUCAACUGUGUCCCAGCUGAAACCAUGACGAGGUGGUUUGGAAUUUUUAAUCCUGGUCUGUCACUGACUCAUUCAGUGCAAGAGUGAUAUGCUAAGGGAACUUGCCUUCUCAAAGUGACUAUGGAGAGUUAUUUUCUACACCCCAGGAUGGCUAAUGCCUCCAGACCAUCUCUUAACACAGAGCACAAUUUAUGAGCGUUUCCAGGUUUUCCAGCAGAUACAUCUGUGCCCUUAGCUGCACCUUGAGAGUCUCCUGAUAAAAGUCUUUGCUUUCAGUGCAGUUGUACUCAUAUGAGUUCUUCUCAGAGAAGACUCCCUGCCAGAGAGAGAUUCCUUGUUUGGAAGUGACAAAGAAACUACCUUUUUUUGCAGAUUGUGAGCUGUAUCAGCAUUGCAUAUAGGCUUCAGUGAGUUUCCUGAUGGCAGGUCCCUGACGAGAAGUGGCACUCUGACUCUGGCAGUACGGAAGCACCCAUGUCAAGUCUUUUCUUAAACAGCUUCCAGCAACACACAGUCUAUAAAAAAUGUGGCCUACUUCCACUUGUUUGUCGUGAAUAGCUUUUGGUAGGUACCUUUUCAUAUCAGACUGAAAUGAGGUCAGGUGUCUUAAAAGGGAUGAGAGGAAACAAAUUUUAUUUAAAUACCAGCAACUUUUAAGAGGUCAGACUGUGUGGCAGAAAACUGGAAAAUCUGGUGUUCUGUUCCUGGAUUUGACGUGUGUGGUGGUGAGCAGGUCACGUUCUCUUCAUGCCUGUUUCCCUGUCUCUGAAAUGGGACUAAUAAUACUUACCUAUCUCACAAGGGUGUUGUGAGGCUUAAUUAAUUCAUGUUUUUGUAAAAUGCUUUGAAAAUAUAAGCUCGUGUGUGCUAAUUAUUACUGUUGUUUUUAAAAAUGUGCUGCUGUCUGAGUUUCUUAAAUAUUAAUGUUUUUUGCCUGGUGUUAUACCUUAGUUAAAUGUAACUUUUUAAAAAUACAUAUCCCUUUCUGUGAAAUCACUUUUGAUUAUUUUGAUUGCAUGAGUGUGCUUCUCCUGAAUGAUGAAGCUAUACUCAACUUCUGUAGGUCUCUCUAAAGAAGUUUCAGUAAAACCCUGAAGUCAUACUUCACACUACUGCAUAUAGUGCAGUUGACGCAUGUUUUAUUAUAACAUUUGGGCAGAAUCGUGGACCUGCUGUGAUCGUGGCUGAAACUCUCCCUUAUCAGAUAAUUCAAGAAAUUUCACAGGCCAGCGGUGAAAAACCUGUUUGUAGCAGAGGUUGGUUGAGAUAAGUAGGAGCCCUGGAGAAAUGGUACGUUAAUGCCAUCCCAGAGGAGCUGCAGUAGCAGCCUGAGCACAAGGAAUCAAUGAUUCAUGAUAAAUACUACUUAUCUCAGAGCUGCAAAUGAGACCAUUUUCAUUAUAUGGGCAAUUUUAUUCCUCUCCUGUACCACUGACAGGUUUUGACAAAAACUGAUCUAGCCGAAUGUGUUCUGUCUCUGUACUCGUUCACAUAGCUGAUUGUAAUCUCAGCAAGAACCUCCUGUCUACAGCAGCAGCUUGGCUAUAACUAUUUCUCUCCAAAGCAUUUUGAGCAUGUGUUCAGAUAGUGCUAUCUCCUAUCUUUAGUGCCAUCUGAUCAGGGUGGCGAGAGCUCUUUGCAUGGCUCAGAAACUCCUUUUCAACAAUUAGGAGUACAAGGUGUCUGUCUUACUUCUUCAUUCUGCUUUGUUUUUUCUCCCUUUGUUCUGAUGCAGGAACUCCUGAUCAAGCUGUCCUUGUUUAAUGGAACCGAUAGGCUGACCACAGGACUGCUGUCUUUUCUGUUUUGUUGAGACAAGAAAAUGAUGUUGAGACAAGGACAAGGUCCUCUAAAUUUUAAGGAGUCAGUGGUAUCGUUGAAAAGUUUGGGUUUUUUUUUUUUUCCAAAUCGCUCGUUCAGAACUAGAAAUUUGCAAGGAAAAUGUCAUAAAUAUUUUCUUAACAAAGAUUCUUUGUUGUUUGUAAGAUAUUUUUAACUUUCAUCAUUUUAAGUCAACCUGAAAGAGGAGGGGGAGCAGUAUAUUUAUAGGUUAUUUUUAUAUGAUUAUUAUUUUAAAUUUUCUGCCAGUCUAUAGAUAA